AUGGAAGAUCAGAGGAUCUUUCACCAGAGAUGGCAAACUUCCACCGUAACAACGUCUAGAACGUGGUCCUUGGCCACCACCGUUCCAAGAGCAUCUCCGUCGCCGGUGGGCACUUCCGCCUAUGGCACUCCCUCUCCACCACCUCCUUCCGCCGCCUGGUCUUCAAUGCCGUCAGCUGCGGCGCCAGCUCUCGCUACGCUGAGAGAUUGGACAUGUACUCCGAGAGACACCACCACCAAUGACACAGACAAACUCCAGGAGUUGAAGAGCCUAGUGAAGGAGCUUCUAAAGGAAGAUGAGAUAGAGAAAGAAGAAGAAUCAAUGACGCAGAGAAGAGAAGUUGCUUCGAAAGUGAGGACCCAAUUGAGACGCAGAAAAAGAAGGGGACCUAUUGAGACGCAGAUCUUCAAUGCCGUCAACUACGGUGCCAGCUCCCGCUACGCCGAGAGAUCGGACACAUACUCUGAGAGACACCACCACCAAUCGAAACAACAACACCGGCACAAGAUGAAGCCGAAUAACGAAUAUCUGUUGAACUUGGCGGAGGUUAAAGCUGACACGGAAACGAAGAAGAAAGAGGACAAACUCCAGGAGCUGAAGAGCCUAGUGAAGGAGUUUCUAAAGGAAGAUGAGAUAGAGAAAGAAGAAGAAUCAAUGACGCGGAGAAGAGAAGUUGCUUCGAUAGUGAGGUUGCUAGCCAAACAAGAUUUGGAAGUAUGCAGUUUAAUGUUUAAUGUUUAA